AUGGCUUGCUCUAAGAUCUCUAAGAAAAGCAGCAGCACCAAAGCACAGCCAACAGACCUGUCAACUUUGAUAGUGAAGCGAGUCAGGCUGCCCGGCAUUCAAUAUGACGAGGUUACGCCCGAAGACUUCCCGGAGUACUUGGUGGCCCGCUCCGAGAAAGGAGCGCGCGACAUGAUGAGCUUCAUUUGGUACUCGGCAGUGUUGGAGAGCGGAGACUGCGUCGUGCUGACAAACAAAGGCCCGCGCAAACAACAAGCGUUGCUCCUACAGAACUUUUUGAUCUUCAACGAGGACAAAGAUUGGAACUACAUGAUCCAGCCUUUUACUGCUAGAGUUGCAGACCCUGAUGAUCGCAAGGUCCAUGUCAUGAUCCCCGGCAGCGAUGUUUGCGUGGAUGAGCUGAAGAUCAUUUGCGACGGCUCCAAGACCAAGGACUGCCCAUGCGAGUACAUGACCGACCCAAAUCCGCAGAUCAAGUUGUGCCCCGAGAAGUUUCACCUCUUGGUGUUGUAUGGCAACAAGCGCCGUAUGUGA